GGGCGGCAGGACUCACCCCGCACCUCCGCAAAUCCCAGCGCGAUGCCGCUCAAGAAACCCGACCCGAGGAAGGAAGCAGCCAAAGCAGCUCCAGGCUCGGAGCCUGCCUUCGACCCCAAGAGCGUGAAGAUUGAAUUCACGGCAGAGCAGAUUGAAGAGUUCAGAGAAGCCUUCGGGCUGUUUGACCGGACGCCUGCGGGGACGAUGCAGAUCAGCUACGGACAGUGCGGGGACGUCCUCCGGGCGCUCGGCCACAACCCCACCAACGCAGAGGUCCUCAAGGUGCUGGGCAAGCCCAAACCAGAAGAAAUGAACACAAAGAUGCUGGACUUUGAGACCUUCCUCCCCAUCCUGCAGCACUUCACCCGCAACAAGGAGCAGGGCACCUUCGAGGACUUUGUGGAAGGGCUGCGUGUCUUCGACAAGGAGGGCAACGGGAUGGUCAUGGGGGCCGAGCUGCGCCAUGUGCUGGUCACGCUGGGAGAGAAGAUGACAGAAAGCGAGGUGGAGCAGCUCAUGGCAGGGCAGGAAGAUGCCAAUGGCUGUAUCAACUAUGAAGGUAAGGGCAGGAGAUUCCUGUUGGGGCCAUCUCAGACACGGCUGUCUUGUCUUAGGGUGCAAAAUGCAUCCUCUGCAAGGGCUCUGGUUGGACUUGAUGAUCUUAAUGGUCUUUUCUAACCUUAAUGAUUCCAUGAUUCUGUGACACUGGUGAUCACUGGAAAGGAGGUGUGGACCAGCCUCCAAAGCCUUUCCAAAAAAGCACUGAGGCUUGUCAGCUGGGGUGGGAACAAGGUGGUUGUGCCAGUGAUUUCCAGGAAAAGCAGCUGAAGGCAGCAUGUUUCCAAGGAGUUCAGGCCUGUUUUAUCCACAGUUUUGGCACUGUUUUGUUGCAAUCUAUUGAAAAUAAACAAAGCCAGCAUCUUUCCCAGCAGAGGCUAAUUGGGAACAUUUGGAGACCUGGAUCACUCGCUGCUCCAAGAGGGUGAAAACUUGGAACAGGAGGUGGUUAAAUUUAGGAACCCCUAAAACUGGAGACCAGUGAGGAAAAGAGGGGACCCAUUUCUCUUGGCCUCAGAAAAAUGGGGAUAAUGGUACUGGCUCAUCUCCAAGGGUUGGCAUCACUCUGACCAGGUUGGGGAUGGCAGGCAAAAAGUGGGAACAGAAAAAGGAAUAUUAGUCCUGGCACAGCAUCCCCUUCAUCCCUGGGGGGUCUGGGCUGGGGGUCCCCCUGCUGCCUCUCCACCUGCUCCUCCCAGCUCAAAGCAUGUCCUGACCCCUCAUGCUCUCAUUUCUCCUCAGCUUUUGUCAAGCACAUCAUGUCUGGCUGAAACAAGAAACUUCAGGUGAGUUCAGUGGCAUCUCCUGCUGCUCACUCCAAAAUUGGAAAUCCUGCAAGUAACAGCCAGGGGCAGGGAAGCCAAACCCCAAACCUGCAGUGGAUUAAUGCCACAGGAAUAAUCCCAGCUCUGAAGGCACAAAAUUAUGUUCAUGAUAAAGAAUUUCACUUGUAACUCCUGCCAAUUAAAAUUUAUCAGGACAGCA